GCUGCUGCUGCUGCUGCUGCGGCGGAGGGGCUGAAGCGGAGGCGGCGGCGGUGGGAGACGCGGACAGAGACCGAGACUGGGCCGAGACCGAGCCGGAGACGCCGCCCCCCGGGUCCCCCCGCCGCCAUCAUGCCGGCCGUGUCCAAGGGCGACGGGAUGCGGGGCCUGGCCGUGUUCAUCUCGGACAUCCGCAACUGCAAGAGUAAGGAGGCGGAGAUCAAAAGGAUAAACAAAGAACUGGCCAAUAUCCGAUCAAAAUUCAAAGGUGACAAAGCCCUCGAUGGCUACAGCAAGAAGAAGUAUGUCUGCAAGCUGCUCUUCAUCUUCCUCUUGGGCCACGACAUUGACUUUGGCCACAUGGAGGCAGUGAACCUGCUGAGCUCAAAUCGCUACACGGAGAAGCAGAUUGGCUACCUUUUCAUCUCUGUCCUAGUGAACUCCAACAGCGAGCUGAUCCGCCUAAUUAAUAAUGCUAUCAAGAAUGACCUGGCGAGCCGGAACCCCACCUUCAUGGGGCUGGCCCUACACUGCAUUGCCAACGUGGGCAGCCGGGAGAUGGCUGAAGCCUUUGCUGGAGAAAUCCCUAAGAUUCUGGUGGCUGGAGACACCAUGGACAGCGUCAAACAGAGUGCCGCCUUGUGUCUGCUGCGUUUGUACAGAACGUCCCCGGACCUGGUGCCAAUGGGCGAUUGGACCUCGCGGGUGGUGCAUCUCCUCAAUGACCAGCACUUGGGUGUGGUAACUGCUGCCACCAGCCUCAUCACCACCCUGGCCCAGAAGAACCCAGAAGAGUUCAAAACCUCGGUGUCCUUAGCGGUUUCCAGACUAAGCCGAAUUGUGACAUCUGCAUCGACGGAUCUCCAAGACUACACUUACUAUUUUGUGCCAGCACCCUGGCUGUCGGUGAAGCUUCUGAGAUUGUUACAGUGCUACCCACCCCCAGAAGACCCUGCAGUGCGGGGCCGCCUCACCGAAUGUCUCGAGACGAUCCUGAACAAAGCCCAGGAGCCCCCCAAGUCCAAGAAGGUGCAGCACUCCAAUGCCAAGAAUGCUGUGCUCUUUGAAGCCAUCAGCCUCAUCAUUCACCAUGACAGUGAACCCAAUUUGCUUGUUCGUGCCUGUAAUCAGCUGGGCCAGUUCUUACAGCACAGGGAGACGAAUCUCCGUUACCUGGCCCUGGAGAGCAUGUGCACCCUGGCCAGUUCAGAGUUCUCCCACGAGGCCGUGAAAACCCACAUAGAGACGGUCAUCAAUGCCUUGAAGACGGAGAGGGACGUGAGCGUGCGGCAGAGAGCGGUCGAUCUCCUCUAUGCCAUGUGUGACCGCAGCAACGCCCAGCAGAUCGUCGCCGAGAUGCUGAAUUACCUGGAGACGGCCGACUACUCCAUCAGGGAAGAAAUUGUCCUGAAAGUGGCCAUCUUGGCUGAGAAGUAUGCAGUGGACUACACGUGGUACGUGGACACCAUCUUGAACCUGAUUCGAAUCGCCGGGGACUACGUCAGUGAGGAGGUGUGGUACCGCGUCAUUCAGAUUGUGAUCAACCGGGACGACGUGCAGGGCUAUGCAGCCAAGACUGUGUUUGAGGCUCUUCAGGCACCAGCUUGUCAUGAGAAUUUGGUCAAAGUUGGCGGCUACAUCUUGGGGGAGUUUGGAAACUUGAUAGCUGGUGACCCGAGAUCCAGCCCUCUCAUCCAGUUCAACCUGCUGCACUCCAAGUUCCAUCUGUGCAGCGUCCCCACGCGGGCCCUCCUCCUGUCCACCUACAUCAAGUUUGUGAAUCUCUUUCCUGAGAUCAAGACGACGAUUCAGGACGUCCUGCGCAGUGACAGCCAGCUCAAAAACGCUGACGUGGAGCUGCAGCAGAGGGCUGUGGAGUACCUGCGCCUGAGCACCAUUGCCAGCACGGACAUCCUGGCCACCGUGCUGGAGGAGAUGCCGCCUUUCCCAGAGCGGGAGUCGUCCAUCCUGGCUAAGCUGAAGAAGAAGAAAGGCCCCAGCACGGUCACAGACCUGGAAGAAGCCAAGAGGGAGCGGAGCGUGGACAUGAACGGGGGCGGUGAGCCAGCCCCAGUCAAUGCCAGCACUGUGUCUACUCCUUCUCCAUCUGCAGACCUCCUCGGGCUGGGCACCGGCCCCCCGACCAACGCAGCACCCCCUCCAGCUUCCAGUGGCAGUUUGCUGGUGGAUGUGUUUUCGGAGCCUGCCUCGGCAGUGGCCCCACUCGCUCCUGGCUCACAAGAGAACUUUGCAAGCCCUGACCUGGCUUCAUCUGAGCUAGUCUCUGAGGAACCAGCUGAGACGGCGCGGGGGGCCGAUGAGCUGACACACAAGUUUGUUUGUAAGAACAAUGGGGUGCUGUUUGAGAACCAAUUGCUGCAGAUCGGGCUGAAAUCAGAAUUCCGCCAGAACUUGGGUCGCAUGUUUAUAUUUUAUGGUAACAAGACUUCCACACAAUUCUUAACCUUUACCCCGACACUGAUCUGUUCUGAUGACCUUCAGUCCAAUCUGAACCUGCAGACCAAGCCAGUGGAUCCGACUGUGGACGGGGGCGCACAGGUGCAGCAGGUGGUCAACAUUGAGUGCAUCUCUGACUUCACCGAGGCUCCUGUCCUCAACAUUCAGUUUAGGUAUGGGGGAACCUUUCAGAACGUGUCUGUCAAACUGCCCAUCACACUCAACAAGUUUUUCCAGCCCACAGAAAUGGCUUCCCAGGAUUUCUUCCAGCGCUGGAAGCAGCUGAGCAAUCCCCAGCAGGAGGUGCAGAACAUCUUCAAGGCCAAGCACCCAAUGGACCCGGAAAUCACCAAGGCCAAGAUUAUCGGCUUUGGCUCCGCUCUCUUGGAGGAGGUGGACCCUAACCCGGCCAAUUUUGUGGGGGCUGGCAUCAUCCACACCAGGACUGCGCAGAUUGGGUGCUUGCUGCGCCUGGAGCCCAACCUGCAGGCCCAGAUGUAUCGGCUCACCCUGCGGACGAGUAAAGAGACUGUGUCCCAGCGAUUAUGUGAACUGCUGUCGGAGCAGUUUUAAUGAACGGGAAUGCAAAAUCAGUGCAGUUUUGCGUGUAUUCCUCCUCAUUGUCUCCAUUAUCCCCCUGCAAAUAAAUAUACCUUGUACCCCAGUGUCUGAAUAUUGCCGUGUGCCCAAGGACUCUCCCCCCACCCGCGGUGUGGCGUCAGAAGGGACUCUGGUUGGUCUCGGCUGUCGGCCCCGUGCCGUCCUGGCGGAUUGCUCUUCGGCUCAGGAGCUGUCCGCUUUUGCAGGAACCGAGACAGUUCUUCCCUCUGUCUGCCAGGAGAGGAGCCAAGGAGAAUCGUGGGUGUGAAGGAGGACAUUCAGCGUUUUCAGGGAAGUGCGUCUGCCGGGAACAGCCUCUGGCCGGUGGGGGUCGGGGUCCGAGCAGGGGAGGGAGCUGGGUAGGCCCUUGUUAGCCCAGCUGCUCCAUGGGACGACUCUUGUGGGCCUUCUCGGGCCAUGGUCUUGGUCUCAGCUCCAGGCUCCCAGGCGGCCCUUGGGGCUUGAGUACAGCAAGGUCCCUCUUCAGGGCCCGGGAGGUUUUCUUGUCUAGUCACUGGCUCACGGUUCCUCUGACUCCUUGGAGGAGGAGAGGGACCAGGUUGGAGGACAGAGGGGGUUCCAACACUGGCCACAUGGAUCUGUGAGGGCCCGGGUGGAUGAGCAGAUGCCCCUGUGCUAACCCUUCAGGUGCCCCCUCAGAACCUCAAAAUGUGCCACUGUCCUAGGAAGUGAGAGAAAUGGAAGUGCUUUGCCAUUGUGUCCCCUGGCUGGGGGACAGGGCUGGGGAAGUGGGAUAGAGACGUGGCUGUGAGCCCAGGACAGAGGGGUGGGGCUGCGCAGGACCCCCUGUCUCUGCCCCCAGGGCCCUGGCCUGGACCCUGAGCGUAUGGAAGAGGGAAGAAGGCUGAGAGGCCCAGAGCCGAGUGCACCAAAGCCCGACCCUGCUUCCUUCCUGUGCCCUCCACCCUCCGGCCGCGGGAGAACCCACAGAACCAUUGUUUGCAUCGUGGUGUGAUGGUGUGGCCUUGCCAGAGUGAUGUGCCCCGACAUUCUCUGUUCCCUGAGCUCGUGGAAGCAGUAUUAUUGUUCAAAGUGCAGUAUUUAGGCAUCACCAUGUGAAAGGCACUGAGCAUCCCCUGGGAGCCACCUUGUGCUUGCUGCCCCCCGGGUGGCUCCCGCACCACGUGGACUUGCGCCACAUGAACCCGUGCCACGUGGAUGGUAACCAGCUCAGCUCGUGUGUCUCUGUCCCCACCCCUCCCCCCUAGUGCCUCCUUUACCCUCAGGACUCUCAUGACAUUUGGAAAACCCGUGAAUUUGUCAGAAAAGUGUGUUAUCUUUUAAGAGAGAAAUAAAUGACUAGAACAGA